CUGCGAGUGUAGUCGCUCGAAGCAACCCGCGGUAGUCACUCGCCUCGGUCGGUAGUGAAUGAAAGUGCCCUUUGGAUUGCAGCAGAUCGUAUGGCGAUGUUAAAGUUCCCGUAAAUUUCCAAACGAGUCACUAAAAGUUACAACAAUGCCGCGCCUAGAGCAGCACCCACCGGAGGACUUCCGCCGCGUUUUGCGGGAAAAAGCAUUGAACCACAGCCUGUUCUACUUGAAGCUGGGUGCAGGCGCGCAGCCGCGGCGCGAGUCGCCGGCGCAGCGGCCCAGUGCCGCAGCGCGCGCGCCGCCGACCGCGCGUGUACCACGGCAUGCGCAGCCUCGCGUCUCCGAAUUGCUGCGCCGAUUCGAACCCGCCCCGAUGCAGUAUCUCCGCCCACCGCGAGCGCAGUCCCCUCCCGAAGACAUCACUAGCUCCGACGACGACGAUCGAGCCGCGGUCCGCCGAAGGAGUCGCGAUCUCAGCGACGACUCCGCGGUGGAGCUGGAACCGCGGCCGCGGCGCCACUCGCACCCUCGCGACGUCACCCCUCCUCCGGAGACUAUGUCCCCGCGGCGGGAGAGGACGUUGAUCGAAGCUCAUGUUGUGGAAUUGGGGAGGAGGGGCAGCGAAGGGUGCGAGAGCAGGGGCAGAUGUGUGAGGACCCCGAGCGUGGUCGUGAGCGACUACUCCGAAGGUGUGGCUGUCGGAGCGACUGAAGAAGAAGUGGACUGGCUGCGCGCGCGCUCGCUGUCUGCUGACUCCGCCUGCUCCUCCUGCUCAACCCUGUCCAGUCGCGAUGACGACGAGUUCGAAGCGCCGACGUUGACCAAAAAGCAAUCAGAAAGAUGGCGUAAGCUCCGGAACAUUGUGCAGUGGACGCCGUUCUUCCAAACCUACAAAAAGCAGCGAUACCCCUGGGUGCAGCUAGCGGGCCACCAGGGGAACUUCAAGGCGGGCCCUGACCAGGGAACCAUACUCAAGAAGCUAUGUCCGCAAGAGGAAAGAUGUUUUCAAUUGCUGAUGAAAGACAUUCUUCGGCCGUUCGUCCCGGAGUACAAGGGCCAAGUCACGUGCGACGAUGGAGAACUAUAUCUACAACUCCAAGACUUGCUGAGCAACUUCGACAGCCCGUGCGUCAUGGACUGCAAGAUCGGAGUCAGGACAUAUUUGGAAGAGGAAUUAGCUAAGGCCAAGGAGAAGACGAAGCUAAGAAAAGAUAUGUAUGAGAAAAUGAUCCAAAUAGAUCCCAAAGCGCCUUCUGAAGAGGAGCACAGAAGUAAAGGCGUAACGAAGCCCCGCUACAUGAUCUGGAGGGAAACCAUCAGCUCCACUUCUACCCUCGGCUUCAGGAUCGACGGCGUCAAGAAAGCUGACGGCACCAGCUCCAAAGACUUCAAGACCACCAAGUCCAGAGACCAGAUCAUGGAGGCGUUUAAGGAGUUCACCAGCAGUUUUCCUAAUGCCCCGGCCAGGUAUUUGGAAAGGUUAAAGAGCAUCCGUGCGACUCUGAUCGAGUCCCACUUCUUCAGAACCCACGAGCUGAUCGGCAGCUCCCUACUCUUCGUUCACGACAAGCGGCGCGCAUCCAUCUGGAUGAUCGACUUCGCCAAAACAGUCCCAGUGCCCGACAACGUCAACAUAGACCAUAACUCCGCUUGGAAAGUAGGAAACCAUGAAGAUGGUUACCUAAUCGGAAUUGAUAAUCUCAUAUCAAUAUUUGAAACUAUGAUAAACGAGAAUGACACAAACACAGGACAGAGUAUAGAAAAAACUGUCAGACAGGACAGUUUAGCAACUUGAUGCUAUUUGACUCAGUCUGUCUUUUAGAUGUGACUUGUGCUGAGCACAUUUCUGCAGUUUUGCAUCGCGAGUGACAUUCGCUUAAUGAAGUUGUUUUACGUGAAUUGUAAUCAAAAGUGGACGUAACUGUCAUUUGUAAAUAUUAUACUUAAGUAUUAUGACCCUUCCGGUAUUGUUGCUAAGACGUUUCAAAUACUCAUGCUUAGUUUAGGGACCCGCAAUUUAUUUUUAUUGACAAAUUUAUUGUUUAGUCUGAACUGAAUGUGGAUUUUUAAUGUGUUAAUGUAUCAGGAUUCACGUAAUAAUUAGUUAUUUAUUUUGUUGUAAGUACCUACACUAUAUUAGUGUAAUGACUAAAUAUAUUUAGAUUACUUAAUAGGUUACGUAAGACUAAGUAAUCUGGAGAUACAAAUUAAAACAUAAUCACAUA